GAAAUAUAUUUGCAGAUAGAUGUGACAAGUACAGAUAUAAUUUGCCGUUACAUUGUUUUAUCGACCUCUUGACUAAACGGAAAAUUCAAAUAUUUACAUGCCUUGCCGUUUGCAUGAUUAGGGGUAGCAAGGAACCCCCUUAUCUAAUUUGGAGACGGUAACUACCUUUGUCUCAAUACAUUUUUUGCCAGCGAGAUUAAUAAUCAUACAGGUUCACCCUUUUAUACUUCCAUUAUAAACUUCUCAAAAGUCAUUUGUCAUCCAGGUUUGGAGUAUUGCAUUACGUUGAUUGCUGUGUCAAAAUUUCUUUCGUCCAGCUGCCUGCUAAAUCAACAGGUAGAGAGUCGCCAGGUAAUCAGCUUUUUUAUUUCGUUUUCAGCUUCGUUGGAGCGUGUCUAGCUCGAACCCUGGCACGUGUCUCUCGCGCGAGUAAAUUUGAUUGACGGAUGACGGUCUACCAGUAGCAGGCGUCUGUCUAAGUCGAGGCACUCAGGCACAGGGUGGGUGGAGUCUCCAGGGGUUGGCUUGGUAUUUAAACCGUCUCCUGACAGGUGUUAUCCCAAAGUUUGAUAUCAAUCCUAGAUCGACCCUUCUUUUCCAUGGUCGUGAGCUAAGUACGCCAGUUCCACACGACAGUCGCACGACAAAGUAUCGGAGACAUCGCAAUGACGACGACACUAAGCUUGGUGCCUUUACAUACAUUAUCUACAUCUACAAAUAAUGGUAUCCAGAUGACAUCAGGUCCAUAUAUACUUGUGAGAGCAACCUUACCGGCUGAGGUUCCAGCAAAGAGAAUAGUAAAGAAACCGGACAAUAUUUUAUCGAAGGAACCUGAGGCGCUUCGCUGCAAACGAAGAACAGAUUCACAGGGUCUGCAUAAUAUUCUACCGAGACCUCAACCUGCAGCAGUGGCCAGACGAAACGAAAGGGAACGCAACCGAGUAAAAAUGGUAAAUCUCGGCUUUGAAACUCUGCGAGAACAUGUUCCAAAUGGAAAGAAAAACAAGAAGAUGAGCAAAGUGGACACUUUAAGGGCUGCUGUAGAAUAUAUCAAACAACUGCAAACCGUGCUUCAGGAUGAGAACAUGGAUACAACUAGUGUAUCGAAUUCGACUUCACUGAAUAAUUUUGACUUUACAGCAUUAUCACCAUCACAGAGUGACUUUUCACACUGUAACUCUACAGAACAGCUUUCUCCGGCGCCGAGUAUGUCCUCCGACGCCUUCUCAGAAUCCUUCAGCUCAGAAGAGGAGGAACUUCCGGACCUAGGUCCCUGGUUCUCCUGAGUUCUGAUGGAGCUUUUUUAACACUAGAUUUGUAUUUAAAUCUGUAUUACCAUGACAACGGAGAUGUGUGCAAUGACAGAACCAAUCAGGAACGGGUUUCUAUGGAAACAGCCUGAAGUUCUACAAAACAAGAACUGCCUGUUACUGUGUUCACGGACAGAGUUAUUUUGAUCUCUUUUAAUAUAUAUUAUACAUGUAUAGACUGUGUUCAAACUUAUCGCGCAUUCCAUGUGUUCAUCUGUUACUAUACCCACUGUGUUCUACUUAACAAAGCGAGUAAUUUUAUUACCCUCGUUCACAAAGUGCUUCCAUUUUAUUCUGAUGUUAUUUAUAAGAAUUUUUAAUCCAGUUUUUGUAUGUUUUUUACUGCAGUUGUAUAUAUUUGACAUUGUAUAUGUUACUUAAUACCAUAACAAUAUUUUGUACAUUGUUGAUGUUAAAUAAUUAUGCAUUCCAUAUUUUGUCUUUUUUGACAUUUUUUU